GCAGCCUCUGCCCGGUGCCUGCUGCUGCCGGCGCCCCGCGCCUGCGGCGAUCAAGACAACAGGGCCGGGCCUGGCUCCUCCCCUGUGAGCUCAGCGCCUCUGCCUGAGCUGGCAGCCUGUGCGCAAAGUUGCCAAAGGGCGCCUGGAGGGAAGGAGGCGAGCAGCAGCGCCGCGGAGGGGAGCGAGGCGUGGCUGGAAGGAGGCGAGCAGGAGGGGCGGCAGAGCGGCCGAGGAGGAAGAGGAGACGAGCCGUCCCAGCGGACGGGCGGGCGCCCCAGCAGAACGCGCUGCCGCCGCUCCCUGCCUAGGCUGAUGGGCGUCUAGCCAGAGCCAUGGCCACCAGCGCGGACGGGCAGCUGCUGGAGAAGGCGCCGGCCGAGGCGCAGGAGAACCAGCAGCUGCUGCUGCGGGCGGGCGGCGGCUGCAACAACGGGGCCCCCCCGGCGAUGGCCAAGUCCUUGUCGGGCGAGCCGCUGGCGGCCAGCAACGGCCGCCACAGCCCUCCCUGCCGCCGCGCCGGCUCCCAGGGAGAGGGCCAGCUCUCCCCGUCGAGGCUCAGCCUGGGGCGCGCCUCGUCCACCGCCACCACCUCCAACCUGCAGGAGGCCGGCCGCGCCUCGCCCGACUACCUGCUGCUGGCCAUCCUCUCCUGCUUCUGCCCCGUCUGGCCCGUCAGCAUCCUCGCCCUCGUCUUCUCCAUCCUGUCCAGGAACUCCAAUCAGCAAGGGGAUGUGGACGGCGCCUGGAGGCUGGGGCGCGUGGCCAGGUUCCUCGGCAUCCUCUCCAUCGUGCUGGGCUUCGUCAUAAUCGUCAUCUGUGUGAUUAACUUUACAGGGAUCCUGAAAGCAUGAGCCGAGGGCUGUGUGGAUGCCUCCUGCCUUCGUAGGGGUCUUCCAGCUCUGAGCAACUGCAAAGGAGGGCUUUGGAGUGGGAGGCCCUGUCCCCUCGGACAGAGGGGGCACUUGCAUUUUCUCCCCUCCCCUUCUGGAGCACAGGUUUGGCUUUUGCGGGGAAGCAAAACGGAGGAUCCUGCCUCUGGACAAAGCAGGAGGCUGGGAAUGCUUGACCGACGCCACCCACCAAGAUGAGGGUGGAAGAGAGGAAGGGGUGGGAGAGGCGUUGCCCGGCAGAGGAUCCUCCUCCUUGGGAGGAGAGCAUAAGAGGUUUGGCUGAGGCAGACCUUCUCCGCACCCCCAGCUCUGGAACAAGGGCCCACAAGCCCAAGGAGAAGACCCAUCGGCUGCAGAGAACGUCCAAAGCAUGCUUCUCUCUCUCUGCAACGCCAACUCUGGAUGCCCUAGCAAAUGGGGGUGGGUGGGUUUCCUGUGGGGGACUUUUGUACUUUUGAUGCAAAAGAAAGAAAGAAAGAAGCCGGACAUUUGCAUGCCUGUAGAAGUGCCCUCCGAAACGCUCCCCGGAGCUGGACAUUGGGACAGCCUGGGGCCAUUGCUUGGAGACAGGAUGUUUUCAUCCUGGAGGAGGCGAAAGCAACGCUGAGUCUCCAGCCCGUCGCGGGAGUACCACUCCCACCCCAGCCACCAUGGCGGAACGCCAUGCACCCACAGAUCUACGUUCCUGACAAGAGGCAAGUAUUAAUUAAUGGGUCAAGCAAGGAAGCCCGGCACGCCUGGGUCCCAGCCCUGCCUUUGCAGGGACUGGAGAUUAGGGUCAGUGAUGUUGUGGACUACAACUCCCAGAAUUCCCAGCAGCAGCGGCCUUUGCUUGGGGGUUCUGGGAGUUGUAGUCCACAACAUCUGGGAAUCCAUGUGAGUGGGUUUAGAUCCUGCACUGCGAAAAUGCCCGAUGCGCUAGCCGUACUCAUGGCUCCGUCCUUGGCAGAAGACACUUGGGAGUCAAAGUGGAAAGUUUGCAUUUCUUAAGCCCAUCUUUAAAUUCCAUGUUGGUGGUCAGAAUUGCCAAGGGGGAGUGUCCUUUCUUUGGGAUCAAGGUUUCUUUUUAUUCCAUUUUCCUGCAAGGUGAUGUAUCAUUUUCUUUAUAUUUCUUGGCAUGAGGAAAAUAAUAAUAAUUAAAAAAGAUACCAUGCAUGGUCAAAAUGAUAACCAUUGUGCUUGA